GUGACGUCGUGGAGUGUAAGCAUAAACUUCCGGUAUGAGAUUGACUGGAUCCUCUUUUACCGGCUUGGGUCAACAUGGGACGAGUCAGGACGAAGACGGUCAAGAAGGCCGCCAGGGUCAUCAUCGAGAAGUACUACACACGCCUGGGCAACGACUUCCACACCAACAAGAGGGUGUGUGAGGAGAUAGCCAUCAUUCCCAGCAAACCUCUUCGCAACAAAAUCGCCGGUUAUGUGACCCACUUGAUGAAACGCAUCCAGCGUGGUCCAGUGCGAGGCAUCUCCAUCAAGCUGCAGGAGGAGGAGAGGGAGAGGAGGGACAACUACGUGCCUGAGAUCUCUGCUCUGGACCAGGAGAUCAUAGAAGUGGACCCAGAGACUAAAGACAUGCUGAAGAUGCUGGACUUUGGUGGACUUUCCAAACUUCAAGUGACUCAGCCAAUUAUUGGCAUGAACUUCAAAACCCCACGAGGACUGUAGAACCUCAUACUUCCUAAAUAAAGUCAUAGAAGUCUUUUCAUCAAACAAGUGUCUCUUACGCUACACUCACAGGCCACUUUAUUAGGUACGCCAUCCCAGUUUUACCAAAGUAGUCGUCGGAUGUGGGAGGAAGCCCACAAGUGGAGAACAUGCAAACUCCAAACACAGAUUCAAACCCAGAUCUGACUGUGUGGCCAAUAUGCUAACCACUAGGCCACCGUGCGGCCACAAAUGAUAGUAAUAUUUUCCAUUAUGACCUUUGACAUCAGCCAUCACAAGCAUCUUGGAUAUCAUUUAAAAAUGUUAAAGCUUUGAGCUUCUUGGUAAAACACCUAAGCUAAAACACUGCUGAAGUCCAUUCAUGCUAUGAAACGAAUUCUCUGGCUUAAACCCAUUUUUUGGAAUUAGUUUUGACUAACUCAAACACUUCAUACAUCAGUGCUAUUUUGUAAAAUUCAGCCCCUUUUUGUCUCCCACUGAACACAUUUCACACUGAUACUGUAAAAUGUCAACACAACUAGCAUCUUGUAUGCACAAGUAAAGUUUACUUUUGA